AUGUUUUACCUAUUUAGACAUACAGAUUGCUGUUGGAUGACUAAAUUGGCUGUUGGCGGAAGCGGCUCGUGGUCUGUUAGUACAACUGUUGAUUUGAAUCCCCGACCUCACAAUUCUCUAAUCAAUUCGUCACCAGUUUCAGCUUCUGCUCCAAUUAUCCGUCUUAUCAUUGGAUGUAGCUACAACAUCCCGAUCCACGUUGACGAUCCAGACGGACAUGAAGUGCGAUGCCGAUUUGGCAAUGACAGUAGCGAAUGCGGCGGGGUAUGCCAAGCACUUCCUGGUGCAAACGUAGUAGAGAAACCUUGCUCGAUGAACUACACAGCUAACAGUACAAAUUGGUUUGCAGUUGCACUGAUAAUUGAAGACUUCACGAGUUCUUCAUCUACCACUCCACUCAGUAAAGUCCCAUUGCAGUUUCUGAUCCACGUACGAGAUGGAACUGGAGAGGCGUGCAGCAAUGCGCUCACCUUCAGUGAGUCCACAAUGAAAAAAGAGCAAGCCUGCAUCCCAGUUCCUCCGUCGGGAACGUUCAACACAUCAAUAGAAGUCAUCGAAACGAGAACAUCGAAAUUAGUGGAAGUAAACUUGGUGGCACCUCUGGGUGUACUACAAUCGCCAGUCAAACAAAUAGGAAGUAACAGAGGAGUCACAGUUGAAUGGACGCCCACUACAGCUCAAUAUGGCCAACACGUUUUCUGUUUCCUUGCUGUCGAUAACAAUGGGUUUACGACAGAACAGCGCUGUGUAACGCUUCUUGCAGGAGCGUCAACUCCGCAAUUGGCAACUAACACUCUCACGCCUAUCGGUGCAGACACUCCCAUAAACCAACGCAUAUUCCAAGCAAAAUUUGAUCAAGAAGUAUUGUUAUAAAAUCUCUAUGGACAGUUGCUAGUCCAACACCUUUAUACGUUUACAUUCUCAGACCCCGUUCACCGCUCCAUUAAGAUAAUGUCUACAAUGCAUGAUCAUCCGGAAGCGGUUGUAGACCUGGAUGCAUCCAAAGCGACAGAAGCGUCGCUCAAAGGCGACACACUCACAAUCUAUCUACCCGAAUACAUCGAAUUGCUCGACGAAGGCGUAAAACACUACAUACUGAUGGAUCCUGGAGCGGUAGUGGGACUGAUGUCUUGCUUGGAAGGAGGCUCUCCAUUCCGUGGCAUUUCAGAUCCGAACGAAUGGUUAUUUGACACAGUGAUACCAGAUCGUGAUCCAUGUAAGAAAAACGAUGGAAGGGGAGAUUGUGAGUAUCGAUGCGGGUCGGUUGGGAACUUAAUACUGAUGCUGGUGCGAUCACAACGCGGGCUUUGUAGUUGGCCACGACCGAUGGCCACUCCUGUUUUCACCAAGAUUUCGUCGACAACUGUUCGUGUGUCAAUGGGGCGUGUCGUGGAGGAGGAGCUUGCGAGUGCUUUAUUGGUUGGGAAGGCCAAACCUGCGCGACGCCUUCAUGUCGUUUCCAAGCCGAUUGUUCGAACAACGGAGACUGCAUCACUCCUGAAGUGUGCGCGUGUAAGCCAGGAUGGAGCGGGCCUAAAUGCAACUUUAAUGUCGACUUGUGCUCUCGCUACGGAUCCUGCAAAUCUUGCACGCGACAAACCGG